AUCUCAUUCGUGAGCAACCCGCUUCGAGAUCGACGUUAAUUGUUGCUUUAAACAAAGUGUUCGUUUUGUGACAUCGUUGCUACGUAAUAUAAGAGAGUGACGUUUAUUUUAUCGAGAAAAAAAAAAAUUUAUUUUGGAAAAAAAAGAAGGACUUGAGACGCGCAUUUGGUAGAUCGUCGUUGAUUUUUUUUUAUUUUUUUUUAUUUUGUCAUUAUUAUUAUUAUUAUUAUUAUUAUUAUUAUUAUUACAGUGAUCACCUCAUAAAAAUAGCUCACAUUGUUUUUUUUCGAGGCAACCGUCUUUUAUUUCUUUUUUUCCUAAGGGGAAAUCGGUCACACACAAUUUUCAAAACCGUCUUCGAAUGGAAUUUCUUUCUAGGAUGACGCAGAGUACCAAGUCGAUGAAGAAACGACGCUCAUGAAAGCUUAUCGCAUAACGAAUUGCAUCCAGCUGGAUUUUACGUCCAUUGGAGAUUCAAUUUCAAGCUGAUAGCUCGAUAUUAUGAAUCUAUUAAGUGGUGAUCUCUUCUCGUGAAUGCUUUAGAUAGUGCCCUUGGUAAACAAUUAGAUGCAGAGUAGAAUCUACAAAGCAGCAGUAAUAAAUGGGGAAAGUCAAAAAAAGGUCGAUAUUGCUACAUAGCAAUCAAUCUCAGAAUGUGAUACGCAACCUAAUGUUAAGAGAUUUAGGUCUUCAUAAUAUAAAUAAAACUAGUACACGAGAACUUGAAUCAAUAGCGGAAACAAAUCUUGUUUUGAAGAGUCAUAGAGAGUUGAAAUGUGAUUUACCUGGUGUUCCUAGAGCAACUUUUUUAAUGGUCUUUAGUCCUGAUGGGUAUGUUUUUUUUCAUAAAAAGGUAUUUAACACAAUUAAAAAUUUUCUAUUAUAUUUCAGGACUAAACUGGCAUCUACACAUGGAAAUCACAAUGUAUAUAUUACAGAAGUUAAGACAGGGAAGAAUAUAAGAACUCUUUCCGGCCAUCCACGUACACCUUGGUGUAUAGCUUUCCAUCCAUCUUCAAGUCAGAUAUUAGCUUCUGGUUGUCUUGGUGGUCAAGUUCGUGUAUGGGAUUUAAGUGGAGGUAGCGAAGUAUGGAAUGCUAAAAGUCGUACAGUCAUUGCAUCUCUUGCAUUUCAUCCAUCUGAACAGUUGCUUGUAAUAGCAACUUAUAAUGAAAUUCAUUUUUGGGAUUGGAGUCAAUCGGAACCUUUUGCAGUAGCUUCAACGCGAUCGGAUAAAGAAAAAGUGAGGUAUGUAGCAUUCGAUAAUCUCGGAAGAAAAUUAAUCACAGGUAUCGCAAAUAUAUCACCAAUUCGAUCACGGAGGGAUCGUCCUUCUGUAGAGCAGCCGUACAGAACUCUAUUAAGAAAUCCAUUGGAAGGUUUUCAAGAUGCUGAAGCAGUACCUCGCUAUCAUCAUUUAUGGGAUGCGCCUCUUUAUGGAUACAGAAUGGUGAAUAAUUAUAAUUAUGCAAGAAGAACACGAAACGGUAACGCAUCUGAUCUGAGAACUACAAGAGUGACAAGAACUGUUCCCAAUGCACCAGAGGUAUCAUCCGACCUAAGAGAUCGACAAAGAAAUUCCCCUUCAUUAAGGAGAGUAUUCGAUGUAAUUAUAAGACAUUUAUGCACAGAGCAUGGGUAUAAUACAGAAAAUUUACACAGUGAAACUUUGGAUGACGAAAAUAGUGGAGAACAAUCAGAGAAUGGAUAUUGGCUCCUGGAAGAAAAUAGUAAUUCAGAUUCCAACCUUGACGAAGCCAGUACAAGUAAUGCUUCUAAUUCACGAAGAUGGACCAGUCGUUGGAUUCAAUUAGACUCCUCCAACAGAAAUUAUGAUAAUAAUCGUACAUCGUCGCUCAAUGAUCCAACGCAUACGAGACUCACGAACGAUGAGAUGAUUCAAAGAGCUCAGAAUAGGUUCUGCAAUAGAAAUCAAAUUGCCCCUAUGCCUGCGAAUUCUCUAAGCUACGAACAGCCACCGUUAUUUCCGUUCAGAAGUUUGCAAGAAAGUCAAUUUAGGAGACUAGAACAAAGCGCAGUGCCAGAAGUUCAUUCUUCCAGUAGUUCGCUUCAUCAUCGGCCAAUAAAUCCUCCUGCGAAUGCAAGUAGUAGUACGUCGGCGAAAAGAGAAAAUUCAAGCAAUGAGAACAACACGCAAGAAACACAUAUUCCUCCAAAGAAGGAAAGAGUAGAAGGGGAAAGUUCAACGGAAAAUCAACAACAACAACAACAACAACAACAGCAACAGCAACAGCAACAACAACAAGGACAAGAUAGUCAAGUUGAAAAUCAAUUAAGAAACAAUAACUCUACUUUCGAACGAUCUGUAGAUAGUAAUAUGAGCGAAUUGAAUAUCAGCAGAGAUAUAACUGGAGAAGGAUUCAGAAGAUGGAGAUUGUCCCUGAAUCGAGAUGUCGGUCUUCAUCCUUUAGAAAUUCGACUGAGAAUACGCCUCCUUGGACGACAUAUAGAUAAUAUGCAACGUUUGUGUAGAGCCAGAUUAGAAAUUGUUCAACUGCAGCAAGUUCGUAGGAUGUGGGAAGACUUGCAACAUCAAAUACGUUCGCUACAUGUAACCGUACGAGUUGAGAGACAAAACAAUAAUCAAGAAACAGCAGAACAAUCGAAUACAAGUACAAAUGCUAAACCUUCGACGUCUGGUCAGAAUUCCUCUUCAAUGUCGACAGAUUCUCAAAGUGAACCUACUAGAAACUUUAAAAAGAUUCUUUUAGAAAGUUAUAAGAGAGAGAAUAACGAGACUGCUGAUACGAAAGUGUGCGAUCAAAAUCAACCUUCAACAUCUACAGGGAUAACGAAAUCAUCCAAAUUUAUGAGCAGCGAACCACAAAGUCACAAUAGCAAUAACGAUGGGACAGAAAAUUCGACGAACAUAAGCCUUUCGAAUUUAUUACCAAGUGAAUCUGAAUUAAGAGAUAUGCAACCGCAUAAUUUAUCGAAUAUAUUGGACAGUCUUUACUCGCAAUGUCAGAAUUGUAAUCUUCCUGAUAAUUCGCAGUACACGAAUAAUGCGAUAAAUGAUCAUACUUAUUCGAAUUUAACAACCAACGAUGAAAAUAUACAAUUACCAAGUAUAUCAAGUCUUGUUUCUAAUAUUGGAAUCACGUCAAACUUACCAACAAUUUCUGCAAUCACCACUACAACUUCGCAAUCGCCUAGCGUUUCGCAUUUAGUUAAUAACGAAGUAAAUAAUCCAAGUUCUGUUAAUGAAACAGGGCAGACGAGUGAAAAUGUAGAGUAUUCUUCCGAGGAUGUAAAUACGCAUCUCAAUAAACAUCUUAAUGAUAAUACUAAUAAUAACGAAUACGUUAAUACCAAUACAGAAGAUUCAUCAAAUAUUCCUGAAAAUUUUAAUCCAAGAAUACAACCCGAAUCGUCGUCAAAUAAUAUCAAUUUACAAAACAGACAGUACAUGUACCAAAGAAUUUGUAAAUAUGGCCGCCGAAUGUACUUAAGAAAUCCAAGAUUAUUGCCACUGGGAGCUAAAAGAGGCUCUAGAUCACAAUCGAGUAGCGACACUUCUCGUUUUUGUGAAAGUGUAAGAAGGCCAUGGCAUUUACGUAGAAAUCCACCGAACGUAUGCGAUAGUACGUCCAAUGAAAAUAGUAAUGAAAGAAAUCAAGUGCAAAGUACUUCAGAAUUUUUACAAGUAAUGAUACUUCGAUUGGAGUUCUUAGUUCGUCAGCAAAGAGCUCUCGCUCAAAAUAAUAACGUUGCUAGGGGUUUUGAUAGUGAUAGUCAAAUAGACAAUAUCACGGAUAGUGAAAAUCAAGAAAUUGAACAGAUUCGAGAAGCUACUCGUCUUCGAGCUAGGCAAGUUCUUAGUUUGAUGGUUGAAGGUUUAACGCAAUUCUUUGAAACUAACAGACCUGAGAAUGGAUCGCAAAGUAAUAUGCUUUAUGAACAAAUCUAUAAAAUGUAUGUUUUACUGCACUUAGCAUUAGAAUUAACGGAUUUGUUAUUAGCUCAAUUGGUAACUACGAGACGAGAAUUGGAGUCUAGUCAAUAUGGGCCAUAUAGUACCGAUCUUUCAUCUCAAAGUAAUAAUAGGACAGAAAUACCUCGAAGUAAUAGUUUAGACAAUAGUUUACAAACGGAAGAAUACAAUCCAAGCAGCAACGUGCAAGCGUUAUCAGAAAAUAACGACGACACUGAAAUUUUUGAAAGAAAUCUUGAUACAGAAAAUCCUGGAACAUCCCUUGAGAUGAAUCAGACAAAUACGGAGGAUCUUUUCUCGGUACACGCUAAUAGAAACUAUCACAAUAUGGCAGAACGAUUAAAAAGAUUGUUCUUUCAUCCGCAACAACUUGAUGCUGAAUCAGAAGGCAAUAAUACGGAGGAACGUCAAAAUUUGAAUCAUCUGACUUCACACGUGAAUAAUUCCAUAAGUACGGAUAACGCUACUCUCACUGCACAAAAUCAUGAGUUUCAGCAAGCGGGUACAAGCACCGGUCAUAAUUUAUCGGAGCAUGCUUUGUCCGCUGAGGUACAGAAUAUCGUUGAAAGGAUUCAAAGUAAUAGUUCUGUUAAUACCGAUAGCUCGACGGAUAGUAGAAGACAAAAUAAUGUGCAACCUCUAGGUAGUAACAUUAUCUACAGAAAUAAUGGUUCUCGUGAGUUACGUUUUCAUGAGCUUAGUGCAGCAAUUAACAGAAGAGGAUUUAGAAACAAUUGGCAAAACAUAUCGUCUGGACUCAAUCAGCAUUCGCAAGAAACUGAACAAAGAAUUCCAAGACCAAACUCUUCUAAUUGGGGUAACUUUAUUCCAAGCGAACAAAGUACGAGAAGACCAUUAAAUUUCCAAGGGUCUACUUUAUCAGCGCCGAUAAUAAGAAGAGCGUCUACGCCUAUUCGAGGAUAUGUUAGAAGAUACCCUACACUUCAAAGGGAACGUUUCAGACGUAGAAUAUCUUAUAGAAACGGAGUAUCUCGUAGACAAGAAUUAAAUAUUCCUGUUAUACGAGUAAACGGAAUUCCAUUGAACGAAUUGCAUAAUUUGCCAGGAAAUCAAAGAAGGAGACUUAAUGCUCCACCUCAUAUUCCUUCGCCAUAUUUUAUUGAUAAUUUUCCUAAUGACGUUGAAAGAAAUGGUAAUAACAAUAACAAUAAUAUUAAUAAUAACAAUAACAACAACAACAACAACAAUAAUAAUAAUAAUAAUAAUGUUAAUGUUAAUAAUAACAAUAAUAAUAAUUAUAAUAAUUAUAAUUAUUAUCAUCAUCAACCUGGACCAAGCUCGAUACAUCAAAAUAAUAAUAGAUACAGGCAGAAUCUAGGGAUACAUCAGAUAUUAAGUCCAAUAGUUUUUGCACAAGCAAUGUGGCGUAAUCGCUUUGUACGUUAUUCCGAAUUUGGGAAUAGCAAUUCAGCAGUUCGAAAUAUUACCAAUAGUACUGGAGGAGGAGGAAGUGGAGGUGGAAGUGGAAGUGCAAGUGGAAGUGGCGGAGGAGGAGGAGGAGGUAGUGGUGGUGGUGGUGGUGGUAGUGGUGGUGGAGGUGGAGGUGGAGGUGGAGGUGGAGGUGGAGGUGGAGGUGGAGGUGGAGGCGGUGGUGGAGGUGGUGGCGGAGGUGGAAGUGGAGACGGAGACGGAGAUGGAGAUGGAGGAGGAAUAAGUGGCGGAGGACAAGAUACUGGAAACGAUGAUAGCGACGAUAUCGAUCUAGGAGAUCACAUACCAGUUAGUAUGACUGUUAAUGGCUUUGAAAUUCAGAGUUAUCGGGUUCAAGCAUGGGAUUUUUCAACAGGUGAAAUUCCAGACAUAACUGACUCCAAGAAAAACAUUGUCGUGCGUGAAUGUAAGAUUCAUAAUGACGCAAGUAUUGAUAUUUCGUCCGAUGGGAAAUUAUUAACGACCCUGUUACCAUCGGGACGUAUAAAUGUCACGACGACGUUAGGUAUAUACAGUUUACAAUGGGAAACUUUAGGAGAAAGAAUUUAUUCGACGAAAAUCGAUCAGACGGUUGUCUCUGUAUCGAUGUCACCAACAAGGCAACAUCUCCUAGUGGGUUUGGCAUCACGAAGAAGUCGUGCAAGAGGAUUUCUAAUGGCAUUGCUUUACAAGCUCACGGAUAAAGAAUCUACUAAAGAAAAACAAUGUUUAGUAGAACAAAUUGAUCCAGAAUGUUAUAACUCGUACGAACCCAGUGAUUCGUAUAGGACGGACGAAUUUAUCCAUGGUAUUGAUAACUUUGGUAACACGAGACAAAAUAAUGACGACAUCGAUAGACAGGAUCAAGAUUGGCGUCAUCGUAGCAUGAGGACUGAUAUAGAUAUUAAAGAUAAUAAAAGGAAUAUGGUGCUUAUUAGGAAAUUAUUGCUAUAUAUUCCAGGAUCUACUGGAUACGUCAGUUUAAAUUGCAUAAGAUGGGCACCGCAGCCUGGUCAAGGGAUGGUUUAUGCUACGAAUACAGGCCAAUUAAAUAUUCUCCAUUGAUGUGUAUUUGUGAGAAAGUGAUCCGACGUUUUAUUCUAUAUGUUGAUAAAUACGUUAAGUUAUAUAUUAAGAAGCCACGUUGGAAGUAAUAAAGAGAGUGUAGAUUUGUGAAAAAAUUCCUAACGUAUUCACGAUAUGUGAAUUAGUCAGUAUAAUGUCAUUUACGAUUGUAAUAUCUUCUUUGUAGAUUAUAAGAUGAAAAAAAGUAUCGUGCCGCGCUUGUAAAAUCAGUGUUCUUAUCACAAUAAAUUUCAGCUCCGUAUUCAUGAAAUGUAAUUAAAAAGGGCGCAAAAUUCCGCGAGGAGCUGUGCCUUACAUUUUACUUUUUAAAAAGCGUUGUUGUUAAAUUUUAUGUUUUAUCAAGAGAUUGUAAAAACAUAGAAUACGAAUAGGUGUAUCGAUAUAUAUAUAUAUGCAUUUGAUUAAUAUAUUAAUGUAUAGUUUGUAAGUUCACUAUUUGAAUAAUUUAAUAGUAUAUCCAAUUUAUAUAUUGCCCGACUGACUUUUAAUUAUGAUCUGAACAUCAUUUUAAUUGUGAUAACUUGCAGGAAGAAAUCCUCUCUUAACUAUAAGAAAUUCAUCACACACGAUAUCAAUAUGUAUUUGUUAAUAUAAUUGUGAUGCAACUAAAUAAAUCGUAUGAGCGAAUGGUGUUUCCAUACUUCCGCAACGCAAA